CAGCAGCCAUUGCCAGGCCUUCAUGAAGCUUACAUGUUUCUUUUCGGUUAAAGUCCCCGGUUUUCUUCUCUCUGUCUCAUCGGUACCAUUUUAAGAAAAGUUUCUGUUUACUUCUUUGUACCUUUGCUGACCACUUUUGUCAUGUUUAUUACCAUCAAGGUUUUGGUGUGGCUAGAUCUUGGCGGUGGAAGCAAGCUUAAGAACAAGGUUAGUCUUGAAGGUGUCCUCUCUGCUUUCAAGGUCAUAUAUAUCAACAAAAGAGUUUCAUCAUUUACAUCUCUUAUUUAUUAGUUUCCUUGGCUACUGACUAAAAUUAUUUGUGCUAAACUAAACCUUGAACAUCUCAAAUUGCACAUCUUUUUCUAUUCUGGAUCCCACAUAAAAAUCCUUGCUUGAUACAAAACAUGGGUCUCUCAAGUCUCCCAACUCCAUCAGAAGGAGUGCUAUGCAUACUCUUAGUAAACACAGCUUUAUCCAUAUCUAUAGUUAAAGGCAUAAUUCAAUCGAUCCUUCACAUUGUCGGUAUUCAUCUCUCGUCAUCCUCGGAUUCUGCUGAAAUUCCCUCAGAGCCUUUUGAGUUCCACCUUAAUACUCCUGACGGUUACGUUGAGGAGUUCCGGAGUAGGACCCCGGCAAUUCGGUUUGAUGCCUUGUGUAACUGCAAGCAGCCACAGCAUGACUGUUCGGUUUGCCUGACUCAGUUCGAGCCAAAAUCGGAGAUUAACCACUUGUCCUGCGGACAUCUCUUUCACAAGAAGUGCUUGGAAAAGUGGUUGAAUUAUUGGAAUGUCACAUGCCCUCUUUGCAGAACUCCUCUGCUGCCUGAAGAGGAGGCUUCCUGCUUUUAGUGAGAGAAUAUUACUAGGCAUGCUGACUUGAGGAAGUUUCGUUGUACAGCAUAUUUAUUGUACGGUAUAUAAAUUACUGUUAUCAUAGUAGGUUUCAUGUUUAGGCUAGAGUUAUCGGUACCCGCAAGUUUACCUUGAUGUGGUGAUGUUGUGUUACUGAAUCAAUGCUCAUUUUGGAGUGUUUCUGAUGUUACAUGCAGUCUCACUUCUUUCUUGUUCAUCUAUUAUUCAUGGGGAUUUUGUUUUCUUUAUU